UUAACUCCUUAGAGUUCACUCCUUUUAUGCCGACCAGCAACUCAUCAUCAACAUAUACAAAGAAAGAUAACUCUCAUGUAAUGAGAGUGACAUGCACGUUUUCAGUACAUGCUUAUAAGAGCAUGCUUAAUGAGGAAGCUUCCUUUUCCAACUUGUAGCUGCUGCGAUUAAGACGUGUUGAACAUUCCGAAUCUGCAGGCAAUCUCUAAGGCGUAUCCUUUUCGACACCAACCACGGUCUCACUUGUAGGUAUACUGUAGUUUCAUCAUGCUGCGAGUUAAACGGAGGGCCAGGAACGCUCCAUAUAUUGGUCCAGUGGCUGGGACAAGAGGAGCCGCAGCCAGGAAGACGAGGGCCCACGCCUCUGCCAGACCUACAACUGUGACAACUCACAUGGCCACUGACCUCCCUACUCAGCCUAGCCUGCCAGUCAUCCCUCUAAGCACUCCGGCAGUUGUGGACCCUCAUCAACAGGUUAUGGCUAACUUCCCAAUUAAUGAAAACAGGGGAGAACAAACUUCAGGUGAAAAUGUUACCAAUACCAUGCACUCUUAUCAUGAGCCUGCCAUAGCACCACUAGUUAGUGUUGGCGACGAGUUGGCCGUUCACAUUGAACAAACAAUCAAGGAAAAAAUUUGGAACCGAGAUUACAUUGAAUUAUCUAAGUUAAUACAGUCUGAAUUUGAAAUUUCCAAUGAACAACGGGUUUCAGUUGUCAAUGGCCAGCUUGUCAUCCAACCAAAAAAUCCACCUAAAAGAAUUACAGCAAUACAUACUUGGACAGAUGCAUUUUUAAUCUUCGCAAGUAUAUACUUAACGAGGAACCCUGUUGAUCUCCAGGGCAUCCUCAAGUAUAUGCACAUAGUUAGACUGGCAGCAAACAGAUCAGUUAGUGGGUGGAUCGAAUAUGAUAGGCAAAUCAGGCUACGCCUGUCAAGAAUCCUAACAUUUCCUGGGGUUCCGUUGAUGCUGAGCAAUGUUUAUUUCUAACCAAAGCCAAUCACCCCCCACUAAACCUACCCAUAAAUGUUUCGACUUUAACUUUAAGGGUCCAUGCCUUCGCCAGCCCUGUAAUUACCUCCACUUAUGCAUGUAUUGUAAUAAGUCGCAUCCUAGAUUACAUUGUUGGGUCAAUCAAAGUAAUCCAUCUCCUCAGGCUAACAUCCCAAACCCAACAUCCAACCCUCAACCCAGGCAACCGUUAAGUCAGCACAAUUUUCGUCCCUUCAACCCCCGAGCACAAUCCAAUACCCAUCAAAGUCAAAGAAAUAUGGGACCUAGGUUCAACACCCAUUAAUCAUUCCAUUUUGAAAAAUUACCUUCGUGAUCAUCCUGAUACUCAGUUAGUCCAGCACGUUGUGAAUGGUUUUAGGCACGGUUUCAGUUUAAAUUACACUGGAUUAAGACUCUUGGUUUCGGCACAAAAUUUGAAAUCUGCAACUCAGCAUCAGGUUGACUUACUCCAGAUAAUUCAUAAAGAAAUUAGUUUAGGUCGUAUGGCUGUUCUCACCACCGCCCUUUGUCAAAUUUAAGGUGCAACCCAGUUGGGGUUUUGCCUAAAAAAGAUGGGAGUUGGCGACUAAUCACCAACUUAUCUGCCCCAAUUGGAAAUAGUGUAAAUGAGUUUAUCGACUCGAAAUUGUGUUCAGUUGCUUACGCAUCAUUCGAUCAGGCUAUCAAAAUGAUUCAAAGGUUAGGGCAGGGGGCAUUAUUGUGCAAAAUGGAUUUAUCUAGUGCUUUUAGGUUGUUACCAGUACAUCCUGCUGAUUUUUCUUUGUUGGAUAUUUGUGUAGGUGAUCAAUUCUUCAUUGAUAAAUGCAUGCCAUUCGGUUGCUCUAUUGCUUGCGCAACUUUUGAGAAGUUUUCCUCAUUACUACAUUGGAUAGUAGCUACUCAAUCACACAACAGUAACAUUAUUCAUUAUCUCGACGAUUUCUUGUUUGUUGGUAAACCAUUGUCUGAUCAUUGUUAUAACCUCUCUCUACUUUUCAGACAAACUUGAGGGUCCAACUACCAAACUUACAUUUCUAGGUUUGGGUAUUGACACAAUUAGCCAAACAAUCUUCAUCCCAGAACAGAAGUGUAUUGAACUCAAACAAGCCUUGAUCUCUUUAUCGUCGUCCAAGAAGGUCACACUUACACAAAUGCAGUCUUUGUGUGGUUCUUUAAA